AAAAAUGGGAACGUCUCGAAAGAGAAUGGACUCCCUCAGAUCGGAUAUUAUCGGCACAUCGCCUAUCUCGAAGAAUUGCAUCGCAAAAAUGCUUUGAACUCCAUCGUAUUAAAUAUCCAGAUCUACCAGUUCCAUUAAUAUAUAGGCCAAGAGAUGGACGUAAACAAAACUGCCUCGUCCCAAUUCCCGGUUCAUCUGAGAAACAAGAACUAGUAAAAAAUGAUAUAGUACAUUUACCGUUGAAUACGCUUCCUGAAAAGUUUAUAAAAGAUAUAUGUGCUUUAGCACUAACUCCGUUAUUAACCGAAGAAAAAAUACUUGAUUGGGAUUUGGGAUAUGCAAUGACUGUGCAUACUAGUCAAGGGAUGACGCUUGAAGCUCCACAACGAGUUUGGGUUAUCGAUGAACAUUUGGCGUGGGAUAAUCUAAUAUAUCUCGCAGUUGGUCGUGUAGAAUAUUUGAGCCAGCUUAUUCGGAUUGAAGGCCCUCCAUUACCUCCUGAGAUUGAGGAAGCAAAAAAUAAGAAAGCAAUCGAACGUUCAUUGAGGCCAUUGAUUUCUGGAAAACUCGUAGGAUAUAUGGAUCAAGAUAAGAAAAAGGGUCGCGAAUUCGAUUUAUCUGUUGACUAUAUUCUUACAUUAAAAGAUUUGCAGAAAGAUAAAUGCGCACUAUGUCUUAUUGAGAUGGAAUGGGGUUGGCAUGAUGCAUAUAAUCAGGAUCAAUGGACAGUUGAUCGAAUUGAUAACCAAAUAGGACAUAUCAAAGGUAAUGUACGUCUUGUUUGUCUUGAAUGCAAUCGGAAUCAUCGAGUCUAG